UUCAGUUCUCUAGUGGAGAGCGUAGAACACGCACCGUGUUUCCACUUCGCCAAAACGCUAAACUAACAAUUUAAAAGGAGUUUUCACGGACCCUCAAAGUGUUCUAUUACGACACUGUUCAUAUUUUUAGUGUGUCUUCCAAAGCUGUUUAUAUUCACGGAUCAACUCGUUCCUGGACAAGAUAAAAUUGUCCAGCUCCGUUUCACAGACGUGGAAGAGGUGGGGAGCGUUGGUCCAUCGAAUAAAACGAAUUAAGAAUAGAGUGUGUUCGAUUCAAGGAUGGUCGCGGCGCCUAGACUUCCUGCUCGCUGACAGUCGAUACGUGACGUGAUUUUGCCUCUAAUAGCCAAGCAGGGGAAUUUAACGAAGUUCCAGGAACGCGCGAACGGCCCUCCGGUCUUUUUGUACUCUUAGCUGGUCGUCGUCUCCCACUCAGGCCCGCUAAAUCGUCAACACUCGCGUUACACGCGUGUACGAAUCCGCUGGAUCCUCGUACACACUUAAAAUCUGCUAGGUAUAAAGGCCUGCAAGACCUGUUUCCGCGAUAGCCGUGUCCCGAGGAAUCCUGUCGCGAGCUGCUCGCCAGGAAUAGACACCGGGACAGUCCUUCUCAGUCCGCAGCUCAGCACGGUUUUCGGAAUUACGACAGUCCAACCCUUCCAAGGUUGUUCAACGAUGUUGCUCUUCGGCCUGUUCCUGCCUCUAUUGGCAGCCGCUCCCCUGAACCCGUCUCUGGAGAACUACAUCUUAGACAUCCAGAAUGGAACCCUGAAGAACAUCCGAUUCAAAGGUGACGCCAUCGAAGAGCUCAAUCUCUCAAACAUGGGUAUCCGCAGUUUGGAGAAGAGCGCUCUAGACGACGUGCCCAACUUGAAAUCCUUGAACCUGGCGAACAACUCUUUAGAGUCGCUUCCAGAGUUCGUCUUCUCGAACUUGACGAAUCUGGAAUACCUAAACCUGGCCGAGAAUAAGCUAUCCUGUCUGGAGAACCUGUUCGUUCAUCUGGAGAAGCUUCGAGUCCUCAACAUCUCCUGCAAUCCCGUGAUGCACCUUCGCAGGGGUCAUCUGUUCGGUUUGACCAAAUCCACGACGAUCCUGACAGAGGGGAACGUCUUCUGGAGCAUCAGCACUGGAACGUUCACGAACUCGUUCCUGAAGAACGAGGAGGAGCUGAAGCAGCUCGAGAAGAUGAAAGCGGAGGCUGACAUCCAGCAGAAAAAACAAGAAAAGGAGAAGGCGAUGGACACGGCCGAGGACAAAGCAUUGAAGCUCGAGUGCCAGCUGUCAAAUAAGCUCACGUUCAAGGAAGGGCAAAUCUUGAAGUUAUGUAUGCCAGACAAGAUAAUUCUCUCGCUGGAGCCUUUGGAAGAGGGCAAGAAGAUCGCUGAAGGAGCUCCGUGCGUAGAAGUGCCGGUAACCGGUGGAGGAAAGAAGGUGAGUCUUCGUGGCUUGGGCAUUAAGGGCUUCCAGGAGCGCUGGUACCAGCUGGACUACUUCACAGUAGUCUCCCUGGACCUCUCCAACAACGAUAUAACGGAAAUCACCAAGGAGAUGCUCAACGAUCUUCCCGAGGACGUGAUCUACGUGAACCUCAUGGAGAACAAGAUCAAAGCCAUCUAUAGCCAGGUGAUCGAAAACAGGCACCUCAAGCUGCUGAAUCUUAAGAACAACCUCAUCGAGAACAUCGAGGAAGGAGCUCUCCAGAAGACGAACCUAACCGGUCUGUUCCUCGCUGGCAAUCAACUGGAGCAUCUCUCCUUCGUCUCCAGCCUACCUCAAUCCCUGACGGAGCUCAUGUUGCUCGGCAAUCAGAUCUAUUCCAUCCCCGACCAAGCUUUCGCGAACCUUCCUCGGUUGGGUUACUUGAACCUCGCCAACAACAACAUCAACAAGCUUCAAAACCAUGCCUUCAGAGGCCUCGACUCUCUUCGAAUGCUGAUCCUGACUAGCAACAGUCUGUCGGAGAUAGAACGGCUGGCGUUCAGCGACCUGAAGCAGCUCGAGACGCUCAACCUGAAUCGAAACUCGCUGACAGAGCUGCAGAGGGGCACGUUCGCCGAGCUGGAGAAUCUGAAAGAUCUGAAUCUGGCGUGGAACAAAUUCGAGAAGAUCACCAAAGACACGUUCGCCUGUCUGCCAUUCACGUUGGACUUCUUGCACGUCGACUUCAACGAGAUCAAUAGCUUGGAAGAGGGUAGUUUCGUGGGUGUUCCGCGGUUCACUUUGUCCCUGGCUGGCAACAAGAUCUCUAGUAUUCCAAGAGGUACAUUUAACCUGCCAACGCUGAGGGACCUGCACUUGAAUAAUAACACGCUAACGACCAUCGAUGGAGAUAGCUACGAGGGUCUUCCCCAGUUGACCCGCCUCUGGCUCACCGAGAACCAGAUCACGACGAUAUCCAAAGGCUCCUGCAAGAACCUGGCCACCCUGAACGUUCUGGACAUCUCCAGGAAUCCGUUCCAGCGACUGGAGAACGGCGCCCUGUACGGUCUUAGCUCGGCCAGAGGCAAUUUCCUCUACAUCUACAACAACCACCUGAAGGAGCUCCAGGGUGGAGUGUUCGACGAUGUUUAAUUGAAUCGCGUUCUCCUUAUCGAGACUGCGCGCAGCCCAGAUCGCAACGAGAUUUAUGCGUUCACUUUCUACGAUGCUGCGAUAUGAGACUCGGCGGACGAGGAUCUCCUACCGGUUGCGCUCCAAUUGCGGGAACGCGCAACCUCUGUAAUCGACGCUGUUAAUUACAAUCGUUGAAUCUUCCGACGUUUGCGCUUACAUGUUUCACGUGUUUACACUUUCAUUCGUACCAUAUCCUUAUCACACCGCCGCUUUGUACGUUAUCGCACGACUUAUCAGUUACAAACGCGAAACGUAUCCACGGAUGCGGCACGAGAGCUGUCUUAAUAAACGAGUACUUACGAAAAUUGCGUUGUCUUUUGAAAAAUCCUUAGUCCCUAGUUAUAGAUAUUUGAAGAACUAAAUCGAAAAUGUGGAGUACAAUUCUUUUGUUCGGAGCUUCACUUCAGAGAAAAUCAAUAUUGAAUAGUGGAAUGAACUCGGCGAGCCCGUCCGACCAUUACUCACUAUUUUUACUGGCGUUGCUGACUGCAAAUAUUGA